AUGAGCCCAUCGACCCUCAGUCAUCUGGAUGCAACACCCCGUGACAAGAGCCUAGAAGAGCUUGGAAUACGGUCAUUCGUCGACCAAGAGGGCAACAGACAAUUCUCGAUCCAGAUUGAGUCGGAGGGGGCCGAUGGUCUGAAAAUCUCUCAGGCCGUGUUCGACGGCUGGACGGGGCAAUGGAGAGUCACCGGUGCAGGAGUUGCUCCCCAGCGUGCCGGAUUAUCACACGCCGCAAAACCAGGUCCGGCCGUCGCGCCAGCUGAGAAAUCCUGGACGAAAUCCCUUCCCAAGAACGAUAAUGUGGACUGGUUCGUGGCGAGCGUGGAUUGGAGCCAGACCGACUAUGGCCCUCUUGACACCUGGCCCGUAUCUCUUCGGACUGUUGUCAGCAUCGUCCUCUUCGAUGACUGUCCUGCGGUUAUCUACUGGGGUCCAUCUCUUUCAGCUUGCUUCAAUCGGAGCGCACACAGCGACAUCCGUCAGAGGCUAAACAAUCAAUCGAGCAUACAAGGGAGACCCUUCAAAGAGAUAUGGCAACAUUCAUGGCCCGCCCUAGAGGGCGUCUUCCAGGACAUGCAAGAUAGUCGCCAUACCUUGAAGAACAUGGAGGUAACCUUGUUUCCUCAGCAGCCUAACGGGCGAACUGAAGAGUCUUUCUGGAUGGGAACACUCUUGCCGAUACUCGACGAACAGGGAAGAGUUGCAGGCUUUUACAAUCGAGCUUCCGAGAUCACGGACGAGAAAGUCAGAAAGCGAAGAUCCAACACACUUUAUGCUAUUAGCGCGCCAGCAGCCAACUCGAACGAGUCGAUCUGGGACCACCUGUUCCAUGCCCUGUGUAGCAAUCCCAAUGACUUCCCCAUGGCUUUCGCAUACUCGGCCGAAGAUGACGGCGUUACCUGUAAACUGACAUUGAAGCAGUCGCUCGGAUUGCCACCAAGUGGUCACGCACUCGUUCCAGCGCAUGUCGACAUCUUUGAGGGACCCACCGGUUUACCAUUCUACUAUCGCAAGCUGAAAGCCACGCAUGAGCCCAUCGUCCUCCACCAAGCCGACGGUACUCUUCCACAAGAGUUUUUGAAGGGGUUCGCCUGGUGCGGGUACGGUGAUGUGCCAACAAGCGUGGCGAUGCUGCCUAUAUCGGUCAGCAGCAGGUUAUUGGGUGUACUGGUUUUCGGACUCAACCCGCGGAGACACUUUCAAGCGGAGGACGAAGCUUUCAUCCACUCUCUCUGUCGACAGGUGUCUGCCACGAUAGCUCUCGCUGUUGAUCGUGAGGAGACGCAGGUGCGUGCCGAGCGGCUUACUCUUCAACUGCAAGAGAGUGAACGGCAGAUCAGGGAAAUUGCUGAACAUGGCCCAGUUGGUAUGAUCCGUGUGACUGCCGCAGGCAAUAUCCUCUGGGCCAACAGGCAGUAUUUUGAAAUGACAGGUCACCCUGCUGGAGACAAAUACGAGUUCUCAUUCCUCGAUCCGGUUCAUCCUGAUGACAGAGAGCGUACUUCACGGAUGUGGAAAGAACUGGUCGAGGAACUCAAGCCAGUUAAUCGAGAAAUUCGCCUACACCGGACCUGGACGCCCCCAGCUACCGCUGGAAAUCCUCACCCAAAAGAAGAAUGCCGCUGGCUCAUGGCACAUGCCUUUCCGGCGCUGGACAAUGGCGAGCUCAAGAGUGUUGUUUGCUGCGUGACCGACAUCAGCAGGAACAAGUGGGCGGAAGAAGUACAAAGUCGUCUCGCUGCCGAAGCGACAGAGGCUCGCAAGCUGCAAGAGGCCUUCAUUGACAUUGUCUCCCAUGAGAUGAGGAAUCCACUCUCCGCCAUCACACAACUCGCAGAUGGAAUUGCCUCGUCUCUCGAUGUUUGGGACGCUUCGGAUCAAUCUCAAAGCACCGCACAAGGCCUACUUGAGGAGAGCACGGAAUAUGGGAAGACCAUCCUGCUGUGUGCUGCGCACCAGAAGCGGAUCGUGGAUGAUGUCCUUACGCUUUCGAAACUCGAUUCCCAGCUGCUUGCGAUCACCCCAGUCGUCAUCCAGCCUCACAUCCUAGUCGAGUCGGUGUUGACGAUGUUCCGCGCCGAGUUUGAGACGCAUUCAAUUACCGUGGAGAACAUCACAGAUCACACUUUUCGAGACCACGAGAUAGACUAUGUCUCUGCGGAUCCAGCGCGCCUGACACAAGUCUUCAUCAACCUUCUCACCAACGCCAUCAAAUUCACCAAGCUCGAGCCAGCCCGCAAAAUCACUGUACGAAGAUCUGUCUUUGUCGGUUCAGUGCCUCCGAUUGAUCACAUUGUCUGGUUCCCCACGAACCAGAAGCGGCGCCGUUCUGUGUCAUUUCCUGAAGGAAGUGUUGGACCGCCCAUCAAUCUCCUCUUCUCGGUAUCGGACACUGGAAAGGGCUUGGAGCAGGAGGAGAUGACACGACUCUUUCACCGCUUCCAACAAGGGACGAAGAAGACACACAUCAAGUACGGGGGCUCAGGGCUUGGGUUAUAUAUCUCCAGAGAGCUCACCGAGGCCAUGGGCGGGCAAAUUGGCCUGGUUACGGAGCCCGGAAAAGGCAGCACAUUUGCAUUCUAUGUCAAAGCACACAAGGCAGCGGCCCAGGACGAUGAUGCUCAGGCUCCUCAGUUGUCGCGUUCCCCACAGAUUGUACAGCAGACAUCUUGGUCGCGUUCAAAGAUCGAUCUACCUAUCCGAGCUUCUGGCACCGUGGUGCCCUGUGAUGGCGCACGGUUGCUCCUGGUCGAAGACAACAUCAUCAAUGCCCAGGUACUCACCAAACAACUCCAAAGGGCAGGAUGCACUGUAUACAACGCCAACCAUGGUUCCGAGGCUUUGGAUUUUCUUGAGCGUACCAAGAUCUGGCACGACUACCGAUCGAUACAGGCGGCCGAGCUUCCAGUCGCCAAUCUCGACAUUGACAUAGACUGCAUUCUGAUGGAUGUGGAGAUGCCAGUAUUAGAUGGCCUGACGUGCACUCAAAGGAUACGCGAACUGCAACAAAAUGGGUCGUUUAAAAGACACAUCUACAUCAUUGCCAUUACUGCCAACGCUCGCACUGAGCAGAUCAAAGCGGCGUACAAUGCGGGAGUUGAUGACGUCCUGCCCAAGCCUUUUCGCGUUGCCGAAGUGCUGGCUAAGAUUGACAAGCAUGUGGACAAGGGUAGGCAUUCAGUAUCCAGACGAUAG